CAAGGUAUGUUGUUGGCUCUGUCCCAGCUUACCUCACUGAGCAGUGACAACUACAAACUGUGUUGUCCGGUCAUGAAGCCAAAGUCCUUGUCCACGGGAACCUGCCAAGCUCCAAAAGAUGAAAUUUCUUCCUGUGAGGACAUCCUCCGGACGCCCUUUUUCCGGGUUUUUCUGUGGCUCGUGGCGUCGCUGACAAUCUUGGGCAACAGCUGUGUCCUGGUUUACCGGCUGUGUGUAGAGCGCAAGCCUUCCACACUGGGCUACAACACGUUCGUCACCAACCUCAGCGCCUCCGAUCUCCUCAUGGGGAUUUACUUGGCUAUCAUCGGCGCUGCGGACCAAGUCUACAAGGGCCGCUACUUGUGGGAGGCAGACUCCUGGCAAAACUCCAGUUACUGUUCCCUGGCCGGGUUUCUGUGCACGGUGUCCAGUGAGGUGUCCGCCCUCACCAUCUGUAUGGUCACUCUAGACCGUUACCUGGCCCUGGCCUUCCCGCUAGCCAAUGUCCACCUGACCCCGAAGAAAGCCCAAUGUCUGGUGCUGGUCACAUGGGUUGUCGGCGUCCUGUUUGCUGGAGUUCCUCUGUUACCUCCCUUGUCCCACUGGCGGUUCUACGCUCAGACCGCCGUGUGUGUUCCCCUGCCCAUCACCCGCGCCGACUUCCCGGGGAGAGACUACGCCUUCUCUGUCUUCAUCCUCGUCAACCUGGCCCUGUUUGUGGCUAUCGCUGUGGGCCAAGUCCUCAUCUACCGCUCGGUGAAGGCCAACAGUCGCAAGAUGGUGGCUGCUGUGUCCAGUAGGAGAAACCAGGACGCUACCAUCGCGAAAAAGUUAGCCCUUGUUGUGAUAACUGACUUCCUGUGCUGGUUUCCGAUUGGAGUUAUGGGUAUCCUGUCUAAAGUUGGAGUUCCAAUCCCUGGAGAAGUGAACGUGGUCGCGACCAUCUUCAUCCUACCUCUCAACUCCGCCCUCAACCCGUACCUCUACACUCUCCCCGCCGUGAAGAAGAAACUGGAGCAGUGGAAGGCAAAGUCCCACGAGAACAAGGCAGGUUCAGCAGGUUUCAGGCUUAGAUCCAUAGACCUUCCACACAGAGACGUGUCCAGCGGAUCAACGCAGUUUGAGUCUGUCUGUAGCGAUAGCUCUAUGUCUGCUGGUGGCGCCGCUGACGUCAUCAAGGCCCAGGCCUGUCUGGACAAGCUCCGAGCCUGGCUAGAGACGGGGCGCAUCUCCAGAGAAAGAGUGACAGAAAUCUUGUCUCACUUCCAGACACAGUAGUCUGUCUGUCUAUGUCUGUGACACAGAAGUCUGUCUUUGUAUGUAAAACAGUAGUCUGUCUGUCUGUCUCUGUAUGUAACACAGUAGUGCACGCCAGGACAUCGGUGUGUCAUGAACUCAAGAUCAGAACGCACAUUUUUGUCAUUACUAUUCAGACAAUUUGCUUGUGAUCAGCGUAGAUUAAUGACUUUUUUUCAAACGUCCGUAAUCCUAUACUUGUUACAUUUGUAUAUUCUUAAACUUAAUUAUGGAGCUUUAUUAUGAUUCUAAGUUGUUGUUUUCUCCAUUUUCUGUUGAUUCAAGCAUAAUGGUACUGUCUACUGUCGGCUUGCCAGGCCUGCUAUAGCUUUGCCAGAGCCUAUAGCCGGACAUCCCAGGGUGGCCAAGGGUGGCCUUCAUGGCUACAGUAGCUGCCCACACCAUACACUCCAUGGCUACUGUAACAGCCCACACCAUACACUCCAUGGCUACUGUAGCAGCCCACACCAUACACUCCAUGGCUACUGUAGCUGCCCACACCAUACACUCCAUGG